AUGAAUCUUAAUAUAUCUGGAGUCGCAAAAUAUGUGUGGAAAACUCAAAAUGUCGCUGGAUUCGGGUUCCAACAAGUGCGUAACAAGUGGUCUAAUUGGCUUAUGAUCCGCGAUGUGAAAAGGCGCCGUAUGAGUGCUGAAAACUAUCUUGAACGGACUCGGAUCAAUGCGAUGAGGAAAAAUGAUAUCCUGCCCGUGGAGAUCAGAGAACUGGCUGAUAAAGACAUAAACAAGUUUGAAAUGAAUGCUAUCCCACUCAGAAUUAACAACAGAUGUGUGAUUACUUCAAGACCUAGAGGCAUAGUGAAGGACUGGAGAAUGAGUCGUAUAGUGUGGAGGCACCUGGCUGACUACAAUAAACUGUCCGGAGUACAGAGAGCUAUGUGGGGAUAA